AGGCAAGUACUUCCAAGAAGAUUGUCAUGAAAUUAUACUUCCACCGCUGGUUCUUAAAAAGCUUGAACCCUUUGAUCUUUCUUUUACUGUUCACCAGUCAUGGCGACACCCACGACUGGUUAUGAAUGCGAUACCCUUCCUGCCCCUCGUCUCGCUUCAGGUUCAAGUCUUGAUCGAUCUUCUUCACCUUUCUCAAAUUAUCGAUCUGUUUCUGCCGGUUCAUCUCCGCUCUCAACCACACCAGAUAUUGAGAUGCACUCCACUCCAACUUCCACAGCUCAGAGAAAGCUAUGUGUCCGCCAUCAGAGAAUGGCAGAUGAGGGUACAAACUUGAAGCUUCAGCAGGCUCUAGAUGCUCUAUCUGUACAAGAGCGUGAAGCUGUUAAUGCCAUUUGGUCCGGGUUCUCUUCGUCAUCACAUCCCAGAAGAGAACUUAUUCUCCAAGGCAUUCUCACCAUGUGCUGUUUCUCUCAGCUCUCCUUGCUAACGGAGCAGCUUGGUCAGCUGAUCCGUAUCGACCCAUUCGCCGUCCUCCCCCGGGAGUUAUCGCUCAGAGUCCUUGCAUAUCUCGACGCCACCUCUCUCUGUCGCGCUGCUCAGGUGAGCAAACGGUGGAAAGGCCUAGCCGAUGAUGACGUUCUGUGGCGCGGAAUAUGUGAACAGCACAUCGGGCAAAAAUGCCUCAAAUGUGGAUGGGGGCUACCUAUUCUCGAACGAAAGCGCACCGUACGCAUGAACUCAGCGUCUCCCUCCUCGUCUCCUCCUUCAUUCCAACAUCCUGACCCGUUCGUUCUCGGUUCCGACAUAACCGACGCAUUACCUUUCACACGACCAUGGAAGGAUGUUUAUUCGGAGCGGUUAACGGUGGAGCGUAAUUGGCGCCGAGGUCGAUGUUCUGUCCGGACGUUGCGUGGACAUACAGACGGUGUCAUGUGUCUCCAGUUCAGCGAGACCCUGCAGCAUCCAUCCUUCCCUAUCCUUAUCACUGGCUCGUACGAUCGCACUGUGCGUGUGUGGAACAUCGAGACCGGCUUCGAGGUGCGCUGCCUCCGUGGGCACACUCGUGCUGUGCGGGCAUUACAAUUCGACGAGGCGAAGUUGAUUACGGGGAGUAUGGACCACACCAUUCGAGUGUGGAACUGGAGGAGUGGGGAGUGCAUACGUACACUCGAGGGGCAUACGGAGGGCGUUGUUUGUCUUAACUUUGACUCUAACGUGCUUGCUAGCGGGAGUGUGGACACCACCGUGAAGGUGUGGAACUUUCGCACGGGUGAAGCGUUCACCCUCCGUGGGCACCGGGACUGGGUAAAUUCCGUGCGGUUAUGGGAGUCUAAAGAACCGACGAAUACCCAGAUGGCGUGCGGAUCAAGUGGCGAGCCACGGAUAGGCCAAGGCAAACUAUUGUUUUCGGCUUCAGAUGACGGGACCAUUCGACUGUGGGACCUUGCACAACGGACGUGCGUGCGCCAAUUCAUGGGGCACGUUGGGCAAGUGCAGAGUCUGAAACUACUAGAGGUGGACAAGGCAUGUGACGAGGGUGUCAAUCGCCAGCAACAGCGCAUUACGGAAAACAACUUCGCUCAAGUCACCCAGGUUGGGAAUCCAAUGAACCCCUUUGAAGUUUGCACGGUCAUUACACACGAUGGCGCGGAUGCAUUCUCCGUUUCUGGAGUUGAGAGCGAGAGCAUGGAGGACAUUCAGAGCCUUGAUCGUGUUACUAAGGAAUUGCUGGCAGGCAAUAGUCGGAAGCGCGCUAAGAGGCCGGUGCUCAUUUCCGGAAGCCUUGAUAACACUAUCAAGGUUUGGGACAUCGAUACAGCGAAAGCCACGCAGACUUUAUUUGGUCACAUCGAAGGCGUCUGGGCAGUGGAGAGUGACAAAUUGCGGUUAAUUAGCGGCAGCCAUGACCGCACUAUCAAGGUGUGGAACCGCGAGGAAGGCCGGUGUACGGCUACAUUGGUUGGACAUCGUGGGGCUGUAACAUGCCUGGGCCUUGGUGAGGACAAGAUCAUCUCUGGCAGCGAUGACGGAGACGUCAGAAUAUGGUCUUUUGCUGGAGAUAACCGGCCGUGAUGGAAGUACAUCCAUAUAUACACCUUUCUUCUAUUUCAUUAUUGUCACAUGCUAUUCCCUGGCAUUUCAUUACUUUCGGGUUAUUUGUGUUGAAUACCUUAUUCCUGUCAUUCAUACUGUAUGAUUGGAAUGUUCAUUUCGCAGUGUAAUUUAGCUUGUAGUACAAAACAUGUGUAUAGGAUCAAAUGCCGAAUGCAAUCGUCUGAAGUACCGUAGGUGACGCCGAGGACCUGAGCCCCUCCCUCCUCACCUGUGCCAGCUGCAACGUACAGCGGAACAAAAUGGUCGGCCGUGGGGUGCGCCAGCGAGAAGCCAUCGUGUUUCACGAGGUCAAAC